UACUUGCGUGUCGGUUAAGCCGUUAAGGUUAAGCGAUCAACACACUGCGCCGAUAGUGUUCCUUCAAUUUUUCUAUGCGCACACAUGCGUACAUACAUAUUGUAUAUCAGCCAAAGGCCAAUCGAUGCUAUUCGUGGUUAACGACACCCAGGAUCAAUACUUUCGAUCAUCUUACCGUGCCCCGCUACCGGGUCAAAAUGACAUUCUCCUUCGAACAUCUGUGGCAUUUAAUUGUUGUCUUGAAGUCACAUUGUAAAAGAGAGUGCAUCGGCGAUGAAACUGAAAAUAAGUUAGGAUUGAUAUCAGUGAAAGAUUGGAAAAUCUACGAAUUUUCCAAUAUACCAGGACUCAUCUUUAUAAAAAAUCCAUUUACCCCCAAUGGUCAUCGAUACUGGAUUAUAAAAUGUUUAAAAGAUUACACAAAGAAACCGUAUAAAUUAAAUUUGGAUGCCCACGAUGAUUUGGGCGAUAAUGAAAACUGGUGGGACAUGUGUUAUAGUAGCAGCAAGUCUAUGCAUUUGAUACAGAAAUUACGUUGGGCGACAUUAGGAUAUCAUCAUAAUUGGAUCACUAAAUUGUAUUCUGAAACAUCUAAAACAGAAAUGCCUAGAGAAUUAUCACUGUUGACCUCAUUUUUAGCAAAAACUUUGAAUUUUGUGGACUUCAAAGCGGAAGCAGCAAUUAUUCAUUAUUAUAGAAUGAAUUCAACUCUAGCGGGUCAUAUUGAUCACUCCGAAGUUGACAUGAAUGCACCGUUAUUUUCCAUAAGCUUUGGACAAACUGCAGUAUUUUUAAUGGGAGGACUUACACAAGAUGAUCCAGCCGACUCCAUACUUGUAAGAAGCGGAGACAUAAUGAUAAUGUCUGGAGAAUCACGUUACAGGCUCCAUGGUAUACCAAAAAUUUUACCAGCCACUUCUAUACCAUGGGAUCAAGAAGAAGUAAAUGACAAUUGUCAACGGAUUCCCAAUGAUUGGAAUAAAGCAAAAGCUUAUAUUUCUGAGGCUAGAAUAAAUAUGAACAUAAGACAGGUGUUACCACCUGGACAAUUAACCCUGUCAUAAAUUGUUGUACAGUUAUUGCACAUCGUGUAAGAUUUGCUUGUAUAGUUUUAUUAAAAAUACUUAUAUUAAUUA